UGUGACGUUACUGCCGGGUUCCGAGGCUGCACGUGUGGAGAAGCUGCGGACGCCGGCGUGAGCUCGUGCCUUUUGGCCUCCCCGUAAGCUUCGAAGGUGUAGUCGCCUUUCACCUGGGGGCUCUCGCCGCGCGGCUGCACCAUGCCUCAUAGGAAGAAAAAGCCGUUCAUAGAGAAGAAGAAAGCAGUGUCUUUCCACUUGGUUCACCGGAGCCAGCGAGAUCCUUUGGCUGCAGAUGAGACUGCACCCCAGAGGGUUCUUUUGCCUGCCCAAAAAAUAAAUGAUGAAGAAAGGCGAGCAGAACAGAGAAAGUAUGGAGUGUUCUUCGAUGAUGACUAUGACUACUUACAGCACCUGAAGGAAGCGUCUGGGCCCUCAGAGCUUAUUCCCACAAGUACUUUGAGAACACACAACAGGAGAGAUGAAAAGGAAGAAACUUUAGUAAUUCCAAGCACUGGAAUUAAGUUGCCUUCAUCGGUGUUUGCAUCAGAGUUUGAGGAAGACGUUGGAUUGCUAAAUAAAGCAGCUCCAGUGUCAGGGCCGCGGCUGGAUUUUGAUCCUGACAUUGUUGCGGCUCUUGAUGAUGAUUUUGACUUUGAUGAUCCAGAUAAUCUGCUUGAAGAUGACUUUAUUCUUAGGGCCAAUAAGCCUGCAGGCGAGGAAGAUGGAAUGGAUUCACGGAAAUGUGAGAGUGAAGAUGGCAGUGAGUGGGAAGAUAUGGAUGAUGAGAAGGCAGAUGGCAGUGAUGGUGAUGACUGUGACUCUACAGGCCUGCUGUCAGAUGAAGAUGAUGUGUCUGUCCCUGGGAAGCCUCAAGAAUCUAUAGAAAACCACUUGUUCUGGGAUGAGGAAACCAAAAGUCGCUUCACAGAGUAUUCUAUGACUUCCUCUGUCAUGAGGAGAAAUGAACAGCUGACUCUGCAUGACGAGAGGUUUGAGAAGUUUUAUGAACAAUACGAUGAUGAUGAAAUCGGGGCUCUGGACAACACUGAGUUGGAAGGUUCCAUUCAAGUAGACAGCAGUCGAUUACAGGAAGUUUUGAAUGACUAUUAUAAGGAGAAGGCAGAGAACUGUGUGAAAUUGAAUACUAUUGAGCCCUUUGAAGAUCAAGAUGUGCCAAUGAAUAAGCUGGAUGAGUCUGAGGAGGAAGAACUUACUACUGUUGUUCUUGAAGAACCCAAGGAGAAGUGGGAUUGUGAAUCCAUUUGUAGCACAUACUCAAAUUUAUAUAAUCACCCACAGCUUAUCAAGUAUCAACCAAAGCCCAAACAAAUCCGACUGUCUUCUAAAACAGGAAUACCUCUCGAUGUCUUACCUGUGAAAGGACUCACAACAAAACAAGUUGAGCGAAUGCAAAUGAUUAAUGCCAGUGAUCUGCCAAAGGUAUCAACCCAACCACGUUCUAAAAAUGAAAGCAAAGAAGAUAAAAGAGCGAGAAAGCAAGCUAUAAAAGAAGAGCGCAAGGAACGGAGAGUGGAGAAGAAAGCCAACAAGUUAGCAUUCAAAUUGGAGAAAAGGCGCCAGGAAAAGGAGCUGCUGAACUUGAAGAAGAAUGUUGAGGGUCUAAAGUUAUAGAAAUAGAAGAUUUGGGAUAAUCACAUUCUCUACAAUGGGCGCCUCAUUAUGUUCAGUAAUCAAUAUCUUCAGAGUCAAAACUGUUCUGCCAUUUUUACUGGCAGGUAUUAAAGAGAAAAAUCUAAUAUUUGUAUUUUAUAGCAGCAACUAUCCCCUGUCUUGUAAAUACUGUAAUAUUUUUAAAUUUAAUUUUAUAAGCUUGGAUUUGCUCUGAAUUAAAUGACUUCAUGAAUGUGAAAUGUUUGGUUAAAUUAAA